GAAAACACGAAUGAGAGUGGAGAAGGGAAAAAAAUUUAGGAGGGAAAGCAGGUGAAAUAUAAAGAAAAAAUGGCGGUAAGGUGGCAAAUGAGGCAAAUCCCCAAUCCUCUCUGCUCUCUACCAGGAGCUUCAGUCUCCAGCGUCUACUUCACUUUCUCUCUGAUCUCGCCGUCUCUCGCUUCAUAUUGCUUCUUUCUACUCCGGCAGGCGAAAGACCGUAGGAGAUUAAGAUGUCUGUUACUCUAUUCAUGUUUACCACAACAAUCAACUACACACAAUUGGCUCCACGGGAUGCUUAGAGAUGGUACAGACCGACUUGCGCUUUCUGGUAUAUUCAUGACUUCGAUUUCUUUAUAUGUAUAGCUUUUGUGCCUGCAAUUUAAUAGGCUAUAGAUUGAAGAAGACAAAUUGUUAUAGAUUGAAGAAGACAAAUUGUUAUACAUUGUUAUUGAUAAUGUAUAUAUUAUAGUUGUAUACUUGUAAAGGGUAGUUAGGGUAUUUUCUACAAUAUACCACACGUAUAUAUACUCUUCUACAAUAAUGAAAAACCCUGGAAACCUUAUCUUCUACAUGGUAUCAGAGCCAGACACCAAUCAUCUUCUAGGCUUUUCUGUGUCUUUUGAUCUUGUCUUCCUCAUGUCUACUAAUCCUAUUUCCUCUUCUUCUCUUCCUGUGCCUGUGUCAUGUGUCUUUAUAUAUCCUACAGCAACCAAUAGUCCUACCAUAUCCAAUUCCUCUCUGUUCAAUCCAAUCUCUACUUCCAAUGGUACUCAAUGGCCUCCACAAACCCAGUGGCCUUUGAUCCCUAAUUUGGCAAGUCCAGCAUCUCCUACACUUCCCAUCUUACCUAUUUCCUCAAGAGCACCAAAUCCAAUGGCCUACAAUACUUUCUCACAUCUUGUAUUUACAGUUUCAAAUAUUAAGAACUUUGUUUCAAAGACUUUAAACCAUCACAAUUUCAUUGUUUGGCGAGAGUUAAUGGUUCCAGUUCUGAAGAGCAAAGCUGUUUAUGCUCAUUUUGAUGGCACAGAUCCUUGUCCUUCAUCAGACAGUCCGAACUUUGAAACCUGGAUGCAGAUUGAUUAUCAAAUUCUAUCCUGGAUUCAAGCAAGAAUUUCUACUGAGCAUGUGAAAGGAUUGGUUGAUAAGUUGCAUGGUGUUGGGCAUCCAAAAACAGACGGUGAUUUGGUGUUUCAAGUGUUGGCUGGUCUUGAUUCUGAGUACAGAGUUGCUAAAAGAAUAAUAGCUCAACGAAAUCCCUUUCUCCGUUUGUUGGAACUACACUCUCUUUUGUUGAUUGAAGAAGCCACUCUUCUCCAUGAAGCAGCCAAUCGGGACACUCAACCUAUGAUUUCUCCCAGAGGACGAUGGUCUAGUCGUAGAGGAGGCCGUCGUAAUGUCCGAGGUAAUCGUGGGCGUUCCUAUGGAGGUUCUUGUCACUUUGGUUUUUCUAUAACUUUUGGACGUGGAUCUGAAUUUUCUGGUGGUUAUUUUUCUAGUAACCAUGGUGUUGUGUCUUCUCGGGCUUUGCCUCCUCUUUUUCCUACACUAUCUACACCAGUAACUUGCUCUUUUAUUUCCUGUCAGUGGUGCCAGCAGCCUAACCUUCAAGCUUGUGAUUGCCCUUUGCUUCCUAUUCAGCCCAUGACAGCAUCUACCUCUACCCAUCAAUCGCUGGUUCUUUUACUUCUCCCUUUGAUCUCAAUUGGUAUAUUGCCUCAGGACAUCAAGACGAAGAACAUCCUCUAGUCCAAAUGGCCUUUAUUCUGUGUCUAGCUAUUUCCUUCCAAGUUUUCUUGAAGUUCAUUCUACUAUUGCCUCUACUGAUGUGUGGCACCAUCAUUUUGGUCAUCUGGGUUCAGCUUCUCUUCAACAACUUUUAAAGCGUGGUCUUCUUUCUUCUUAA